AUGCCUAGUUCUUCAACAAAAUCUUCUAUCAUGGCAGGCAUGCUUAUCUCAGGUGUAUGCAAUACUAUCCUAAACAAGUUCCAAGAUAUGCAAUGUGUUCGUAACUGUGAGGAUUCUAACCCAAAAAACAGAGUUUACUUUGAACAACCUAUUUGGCAAACACUCAAUAUGUUUGUGGGUGAAUUUGCUGUUUGGUCAGUGUAUCUCUAUCAACUUUAUCAACAAAAACGACUGGCACCUGCUCCUCCUUCAGCCGUGAAUCAAUUAGACGCUGCUGCCGUAGUUGAUGAAGUCGAUCAACAAAUUACUAAAGUAGAACAAGAUUUGCCUGAACUAAAGGGUUGGAAAGCCUUAUUAUUUUGGAUCCCAACACUAUGCGAUUUGGCCGGAACAACUGUAAUGAAUGUGGGUCUUCUUUUGAUUUCUGCAAGUGUUUAUCAAAUGCUGCGUGGUGCCGUUGUUAUCUUUACUGGUUUAUUUAGUUACUUGUUCUUGAAUCGUCGUUUACGUAACUACGAAUGGAUUUCCCUUAUUAUGGUUGUGGUAGGUGUUGGUAUUGUGGGCCUUUCUUCUGUUCUUUUCCCCCAAAAGAAACCAGAUGCAGCCUCUUUACUUGAAGAACCAGUCGACUAUUCUUCUCUUUUGGGUGUUGGUUUGGUAUUGGGUGCUCAGUUGUUUACUGCAUCUCAAUUUGUGAUUGAAGAAAAGAUUUUGGUUCGAUACAAGGUAACUCCCUUGAAGGCUGUUGGUCUUGAAGGCUCUUUUGGUCUCAUUUCUGUCUUGACUGCCAUGCCUAUUCUCCAUCUUGUUUUGAGUAAGCAGCAUCCUUCUUUUGAUAUCGUUCAAGGCUACCAUGACUUUUUUGAUAACCCUACUGUCUGGCAAACUGGUUUAGCCAUCAGUUGUUCUAUUGCUUUCUUUAAUUGGUUUGGUCUCUCCAUUACUUCCGCUGUCUCUGCUACUGCCAGAAGCACAAUUGAUGCAUGCAGAACACUUUUCAUCUGGAUGGUGUCUCUUUAUUUGGGUUGGGAACAAUUCUCCUGGAUUCAAGUCGUUGGUUUUGUUGUAAUGGUCACUGGUACCUUUUACUUCAACGGUGUUCUUAAGUGGCCUUUUGUUAAGGAGGAAGAAAGCGAACACAGUGAACGCACUCCUCUUUUAUCUCAUGAUGAGUAA